UGAAGUAAACGUCACUCUCUCCCCGCCCAUGAAGCGCCUGUAGGACAUAUCUGAAGUGAAGCAGGGCUUCCACUCGGGAAGAUGACACAGGAAGAGAGGAUCAGCUCAACAAUUGACACGGAAGCCGAUUUCUCAUCACGUCCCCAUAGUUUCAAGAUAACCUUUCUGGAGAGGAUAUAAUCAAAUAAGAACAUCAAUGCUUUUUUUCCCCCCCCCCGAGAAGAGCAGAUAAUGUUUUAUAUUUUUUAAAGUAGAAAGAAGCUAGAAGCUUUGGGGAGAAGUAGAAAAGAUAAUUCACCGGGGUGAAAUAUGGAACGUGGAUUAUUCAACCACCUGUUCUCAGCGAGGACCGCUAUGCUCUGUUGUUUCUUCUUAUGUAAGUCAAUUUUCUGUCAUGAGAAGACCCACUCACAUGCGGAGGACGAGCUCUUCAAGAAGCUCUUCAUCGGGUACAACAAGUGGUCCAGACCCGUACCCAACAUCUCAGACGUGGUCAUCGUCAAGUUCGGACUCUCCAUAGCACAGCUCAUUGAUGUGGACGAGAAGAAUCAGAUGAUGACCACCAACGUCUGGCUGAAACAGGAGUGGAAUGACUACAAGCUACGCUGGAGACCGUCUGACUACGACAACGUCACGUCCAUCAGAGUCCCGUCUGAACUCAUCUGGGUCCCAGACAUCGUCCUCUACAACAAUGCAGACGGUGAGUUCGCCGUGACCCACAUGACCAAGGCCCACCUGUUCUACAAUGGGAAGGUGCGCUGGGUUCCCCCGGCCAUCUAUAAGUCCUCCUGCUCUAUAGACGUCACCUUCUUCCCCUUCGACCAGCAAAACUGUAAGAUGAAGUUUGGCUCUUGGACCUACGACAAGGCUAAAAUCGACCUGGAACGCUUCGAGAACACUGUGGAUCUGAACAACUACUGGGAGAGUGGAGAGUGGGCCAUCAUCAACGCAGUGGGAACAUACAACACCAAGAAGUACGACUGCUGUCAUGAGAUCUACCCUGAUAUCACCUACUUCUUCAUCAUCAGACGGCUGCCUCUCUUCUACACCAUCAACCUGAUCAUCCCCUGUCUGCUCAUCUCCUGUCUCACCGUCCUAGUCUUCUAUCUCCCCUCAGACUGUGGGGAGAAGAUCACUCUGUGUAUCUCCGUCCUCCUCUCCCUCACCGUCUUCCUGCUCCUCAUCACGGAGAUCAUCCCUUCCACCUCCCUGGUCAUCCCUCUGAUUGGAGAAUAUCUCCUCUUCACCAUGAUCUUCGUCACUCUCUCCAUCGUCAUCACUGUGUUUGUCCUCAACGUCCACCACCGCUCACCGGGGACCCAUAAGAUGCCUCGCUGGGUCCACUCUGUCUUCCUAGACCUGAUCCCCAGGUGGCUGUUCAUGAGGCGGCCCGCGCCGGACGGACGGAGACGCAGGUUGUUGAUGCUCCAGCAGGGGGCAGCGGUGGCACGGACCAUUAACCCCAGACCAGCAGGCCUAGGCCUUCCUCCCUUCCUCAGCACCUCAGCCAGCUGGCUCCGGGACGGAGGAGGGACAACGGAGGACCUACAAAGACGGACCCUUUGUUAUGAGGACCUUGAGCUGGGGGAGCUGACGUCUUACUUCUCCUUCCGUCCUCCGUCACCCAGACCUCCGGGCUCCACCCCUCCGCCCCAGCAGAACCAUCCACACCCAGGGGCAGGGCAGCCUCAUAACCGCCUGGAUGGAGGGGUUGAAGGAGGAGGAGGUGGGGUGAAUAGAAGGGUUAACCCGACCCAGCGACAGGCUAACUUGGUGGCAGACUCUAGAGAGAUAGAGUUCCCUCUGUCUCCCAGCGUGAUACGUGCUCUGGAGGGACUGCACUAUAUCGCAGACCACCUGAGGGCAGAGGACGCAGACUUCAGUGUGAAGGAAGACUGGAAGUACGUUGCGAUGGUGAUCGACCGUAUCUUCCUGUGGAUGUUUAUCAUUGUGUGUCUCCUAGGAACCAUUGGACUCUUCCUCCCUCCCUGGCUGGCUGGCAUGAUAUAGGACCUGGACACUUCCUUCCUACCUGGCUGGCUAGCAUGAUAUAGGACCGGGACUCUUCCUCCCUCCCUGGCUGGCCAGCAUGAUAUGGGACCUGGACACUUCUUCCCUGGCUGGCCAGCAUGAUAUAGGACCUGGACACUUCCUUCCUACCUGGCUGGCCAGCAUGAUAUAGGACCUGGACACUUCCUUCCUACCUUGCUGGCCAGCAUGAUAUGGGACCUGGACACUUCCUCCCUACCUGGCUGGCCAGCAUGAUAUAGGACCUGGACACUUCCUCCCUCCCUGGCUGGCCAGCAUGAUAUAGGACCUGGACACUUCCUCCCUCCCUGGCUGGCCAGCAUGAUAUAGGACCUGGACUCUUCCUCCCUCCCUGGCUGGCCAGCAUGAUAUAGGACCUGUACUCUUCCUCCCUCCCUGGCAAGCCAGCAUGAUAUAGGACCUGGACACUUCCUUCCUACCUGGCUGGCCAGCAUGAUAUAGGACCUGGACACUUCCUCCCUCCCUGGCUGGCCAGCAUGAUAUAGGACCUAGACCCUUCCUCCCUCCCUGGCUGGCUGGCAUGAUAUAGGCCCUGGACUCUUCCUCCCUCCCUGGCUGGUCAGCAUGAUAUAGGACCUGGACACUUCCUUCCUACCUGGCUGGCCAGCAUGAUAUAGGACCUGGACACUUCCUCCCUCCCUGGCUGGCCAGCAUGAUAUAGGACCUGGACACUUCCUCCCUCCCUGGCUGGCCAGCAGGAUAUAGGACCUAGACACUUCCUCCCUCACUGGCUGGCUGGCAUGAUAUAGGACUUGGACACGUCCUCCCUCCCUGGCUGGCCAGCAUGAUAUAGGACCUGGACUCUUCCUCCCUGGCUGGCCAGCAUGAUAUAGGACCUGGAUUCUUCCUCUACCUGGCCAGCAUGAUAUAGGACCUAGACUCUUCCUCCCUCCCUGGCUGGCCAGCAUGAUAUAGGACCUGGACUCUUCCUUCCUACCUGGCCAGCAUGAUAUAGGACCUGGACUCUUCCUCUACCUGGCCAGCAUGAUAUAGGACCUAGACUCUUCCUCCCUCCCUGGCUGGCCAGCAUGAUAUAGGACCUGGACUCUUCCUCUACCUGGCCAGCAUGAUAUGGGACCUGGACUCUUCCUUCCUACCUGGCUGGCCAGCAUGAUAUAGGACCUGGACUCUUCUUUCCUACCUGGCUGGCCAGCAUGAUAUAGGACCUGGACUCUUCCUCCCUCCCUGGCUGGCCAGCAUGAUAUAGGACCUAGACUCUUCCUCCCUCCCUGGCUGGCCAGCAUGAUAUAGGACCUAGACUCUUCCUCCCUCCCUGGCUGGCCAGCAUGAUAUAGGACCUGGACUCUUCCUCCCUCCCUGGCUGGCCAGCAUGAUAUAGGACCUGGACUCUUCCUCCCUCCCUGGCUGGCCAGCAUGAUAUAGGACCUAGACUCUUCCUCCCUACCUGGCUGGCCAGCAUGAUAUAGGACCUGGACUCUUCUUUCCUACCUGGCUGGCCAGCAUGAUAUAGGACCUGGACUCUUCCUCCCUCCCUGGCUGGCCAGCAUGAUAUAGGACCUAGACUCUUCCUCCCUCACUGGCUGGCUGGCAUGAUAUAGGACUUGGACACGUCCUCCCUCCCUGGCUGGCCAGCAUGAUAUAGGACCUGGACUCUUCCUCCCUGGCUGGCCAGCAUGAUAUAGGACCUGGAUUCUUCCUCUACCUGGCCAGCAUGAUAUAGGACCUAGACUCUUCCUCCCUCCCUGGCUGGCCAGCAUGAUAUAGGACCUGGACUCUUCCUUCCUACCUGGCCAGCAUGAUAUAGGACCUGGACUCUUCCUCUACCUGGCCAGCAUGAUAUAGGACCUAGACUCUUCCUCCCUCCCUGGCUGGCCAGCAUGAUAUAGGACCUGGACUCUUCCUCUACCUGGCCAGCAUGAUAUGGGACCUGGACUCUUCCUUCCUACCUGGCUGGCCAGCAUGAUAUAGGACCUGGACUCUUCUUUCCUACCUGGCUGGCCAGCAUGAUAUAGGACCUGGACUCUUCCUCCCUCCCUGGCUGGCCAGCAUGAUAUAGGACCUAGACUCUUCCUCCCUCCCUGGCUGGCCAGCAUGAUAUAGGACCUGGACUCUUCCUCCCUCCCUGGCUGGCCAGCAUGAUAUAGGACCUAGACUCUUCCUCCCUACCUGGCUGGCCAGCAUGAUUUAGGAUCUGGGGUCUGGGCCUGAGAUCUACCAUUCCUGGCACAAGACUGGCUGGCAUCACCUAGGGCCAGUAGACCUAACCUCUACCUUCUGCCCCCGGAGCAGGCUGGCAUCACCUAGGGCCAGUAGACCUAACCUCUACCUUCUGCCCCCGGAGCAGGCUGGCAUCACCUAGGGCCAGUAGACCUAACCUCUACCUUCUGCCCCCGGAGCAGGCUGGCAUCACCUAGGGCCAGUAGACCUAACCUCUACCUUCUGCCCCCGGAGCAGGCUGGCAUCACCUAGGGCCAGUAGACCUAACCUCUACCUUCUGCCCCCGGAGCAGGCUGGCAUCACCUAGGGCCAGUAGACCUAACCUCUACCUUCUGCCCCCGGAGCAGGCUGGCAUCACCUAGGGCCAGUAGACCUAACCUCUACCUUCUGCCCCCGGAGCAGGCUGGCACAGUGGAACUAACACUACGACAAUGGUGUGCAGUAACUUCAACCACCAGGUUGUUUUUUUUUGCAGAAAAUGAUAGUUUAGGAAGAUGAUUAACUGUUUACGGAACAUCGUAUCCAAGCAGGCAGAAGACAGUAACAGGCAUAGUAACAGUGCAAACGCGCUCUCUAGUGGAAGCUUUCUGUUCCACAUAGGAAUAAACACAACUGAGGAAGUAACUAGGUGAAUGACUGGCACUACCAAUGUACUGCUUCAUAACAAUAUCAAACACAUGCUGUUGUGGUAAUAAAUACUGUAUAAACAGAAACGCAUGUUUUGGGAAUUUGGGAGUCGAUAGGAAUGAAAAUGUCUGAUUUUAGUAACUGAUUUUAACAUUUGCACCAAGAGUACUGAUUGAAGUCUUUACAUUGGCCUAACGUAAGACUCCAAAAAAAACACAAAAAAAUGUUUGUUAAUAACAUUUACGGCACAAAUUAUAAUUUUUGUAACGUUGGGACUAUAAAUAUUCUAUCGGCACAAAACUUAGUUCUGAGAUAUUGAACAUUAAAGUUUUCACAGCCUUGAUCUCAGAAAUGUUUUGAUGUGAAUUCUU